CGACGAUCUUCGAAUCUACGAGCUCGAAGCUUCCUUCAACUACUCAACCGCAGCCAAUAUGAAGUGCAUCGCCGCUAUCGCUCUGUUCGCCUUGGUGGCCAACGCGGCCUUCGCGGAGGCCAAACCUACCGGGGUGGAGUCCGGGGUCGUCGAGCCGGUGGUUCAGGCCGAGCCUACUUCACCGGAAGCGGCCAGGAACAAGCGAGGGUUGCUAUUCGGCGCGGCUUACACGGCACCGGCGGUCGCUUACAGUGCAUACACCGCGCCGCUCACAUAUUCCGCAUACAGUUACCCCUAUGCGUACACGGCCUAUUCGAGCUACCCCUAUUACGCUGCCGGAUACAGCGCGCCCUACUACUUGGCCUAGAUACGUACGGACCACACACACCAACACAACAGGCGAAACCGAGACUCCAAGCCAGCCCGAUUUCACGACGACGACGGCGACGACGUUGAUUUCGAGUCACGACCGGUCUCGCACAAGCGACACUCACAACGUGAUUACGUAGAAUUCAUCGGUAGAGAAACACGACGGAGGAAGAGGUUGCUUUAGGUACCGAGCCAGAAAUAUCCAGGUCGUAUUUGUAAACCGUGUACAAUACUCACUCGAAGAAGAAACGCUACUCUUGCGCCUUCGCAUUGUCUAUUUGCGAACUAUGCAUAUUACACUCUUGAAAGCGUACGCAUAUACAUACGUACACGUAGUACACUUCUCUCUAAACGGUCUGCUACAGGCUGCUUAGAUGAGCUGAUAAAACGGACUAUCCACCAUCUUCAGACUUACACGAGAAAAACAAUCGUAACGUGAUAUCGCACGCAUUAUACUCUAUCUCUAUAUAAAAUAAAAAAAUAUAUAUACCACAUUGACAAAAAUCACAUAAAAAAAAUAUAUAUAUAUAUAUAUCACGUCGUCGCCACUGUUUUCUCGUGUACGUCGCAUCUAUGAACCGCGUAAUUCACUGUAGAGCGAAAAUACCUCGACUAUACGCAUGUUAUCGUAUUCACGUUAUAUUCCACUCUUAUUAAUAUCCCUAUAUCUCUUAAGAAUGAAAUCUAUCCGUCUGAAUUGCCACAGGGGGGAAUGAUAUCGGCAACGCGAUCCUGCAUGAUACCUCAUCACAUAAAGUACUAAAAAAAGAAGAAAAAAAUUAUUGACGAAACGUUGCCGACAAUUUUCCCUCGUGUGCGCGUAUUUUCUCCGAGACAUUAUUCGUUGUAUUCAUAUGAAUCGUGUAAUCUUUUCUGAAGAGAAAAAGAAUAAAUAUUAACAUAUAAUGCAUUGAUA